AUGCGAGCCCUUCAAUUCCCAACCCUAGCGGUGGUAGCUACCCUCGCAUCCCAAACCCACGCCAACCUCCAAACCGCCCAGAACUCCACCCACAUCUCCGUCAACAAUGACCACCUCAGCGUAACCCUCGCCAAAUCCAGCGGCCACAUCAUUGACCUCACCCUCGACGGCCAAGACCUCCUCGGCCCAGCCAGCGGCAACAGCGGCAAGGGCCCCUACCUCGACUGCAGCUGCGUGCCCUCCGGCUUCUGGACGCCCGGGGGGAGCGCCAACGCCCAAGUCCAGCUCAUCAACGGCACCGACUCAUCAGGCACUGCCUACGCGGGGCUCAUCAUGAGCGACACCUACGCAGCCACGAACCAGUCCCUCUCGCAGUACUUCUUCCUCCGCGACGGCGAGACCGGCCUGCAUGCCUUCUCGCGCCUCACGUACUUCAACGCCUCGUUGCCCUUCCUGCGCGGUCUCGGCGAAAUGCGCACCCUCUUCCGCCCCAACACCAACCUCUGGACGCACUUCUCCACCAGCGACACCAACCACGGCCCCAUGCCUUCCUCGUCCGCCUACUCAUCCGCCACCACCGUGCAAGACGCAACGAGCUAUCUAGGAAACACCCCGUCCGACCCAUACGUUAGCCAAUACUCCGACUACUUCACGAAGUACACGCUGGCGGAGAGCUGGCGCGCCCACGACGUCCACGGACACUUCGCGGACGGAUCGCACAGCGCUGACGGGAGCGUGUUCGGCGCGUGGCUGGUGCAUAACACGCGGGAAAGCUACUACGGGGGACCGCUGCACUCGGACCUUGUCGUCGACGGCAUCGUGUAUAAUUACAUGGUGUCUGGGCAUCAUGGGGCGCCGGUGCCGAAUAUCACGCACGGGUUUGACCGGACCUGGGGUCCGCAGUUCUAUUACUUUAAUAAAGGGGAGAAAGGGACGGGGCUGGAGGAGUUGAGGAAGGACGCGGCGAGGUUUGCGGAUCCGGAGUGGAAUGCUGAUUUCUAUGAUGAUAUUGCAAGACAUGUGCCGAAUUUGGUGGCUUCCAAGGGCAGGACGACGUUUGAGGGGAAGGUGAAGGUGCCGAAGGGAGCCAAGCGGCCGAUUGUGGUGCUCUCGGAGAAUGAGCAGGAUUUUCAGCUGAAUGUGUUUGAGACGGAGUCGAGGCAGUACUGGGCUGAGAUUGAUGAGUCUGGGAGGUUUAGUAUCCCUCGUGUUGUGAAAGGCACGUAUCGGGUUACGAUCUAUGCAGAUGGUGUCUUUGGAUGGUUUAUCAAAGACAACGUCAAGGUGACAGGCCGCAGGAAUUGGAGCUUCACCUGGAAAGAGGAGACCGCAGGGAAGGAAAUCUGGCGCAUCGGCGUGCCUGAUAAAUCAGCCGGUGAGUACCGUCAUGGAUACGCGGUCGAUGAAUCCAAAACCCUCCAUCCCGAGCAGUACCGGAUCUAUUGGGGACAGUAUGACUUUGCCGACGACUUCCCCAAGGGAGUCAACUUCGAAGUCGGGAAGAGCAAGGAGGCCGAAGAUCUGAACUAUAUCCACUGGUCAUAUUUCCCAGCGAAGGGAAACCAUCUUCGGAAUGAGUCCGUGUACGAGAACGUGAACAACUGGACGAUUGCAUUCGACUUGUCCAAGAGCCAGCUGUCUCGGGCGAAGACGGCGACAUUCACGGUGCAGAUUGCCGGCACCAAGACAGCGAAUGGAAACUCGAAAUGGUCGAUCAUCGACCAUCCGUAUAGCAAUCUGCCGUGGACGGUGAACGUCAAUGAGGGAAGCUAUGAGUCCACAUGGUGGAUUCCCUACUUUCGGAGCGGAUCGUGUGGUGUGCGCAGCGCCGUGGCGUGCCAGAACAUCGAGCAUAAGUUUGUGUUUCCGACGUCGAAGCUGAAGCAGGGGAAGAACGAGUUCGUGCUGAGCUUGCCGUUUAAUGCGUCGAGUAUCGAGACGGCUGUCUUGCCGGAUGCUUUGUAUGUGCAGUAUGAUGCUCUGCGGUUGGAGUUG